GAAAGAGAAAAGGAAUCUUUGUUCCUUAUUUUUUUGUGGAUAAUAUCUAUUAAUCAGAAUCAGAUGACAACAAAAUCGCCGGCGGCUUUCCCUCGUUAAGAAUUAGAAGUCUUUUGUUUUACCAAAACCAAAUCGGAUCAAAUUUACUGAAAUAUGGCAAGCGUAAGCGGUGAUAAUAAGAAAGAAAGUGAAUUGAAGCUGAAGCUGAAACUGUAUUCAUACUGGAGGAGCAGUUGUUCGUUCCGCGUUCGUAUUGCCCUCAACUUGAAAGGGCUGGAAUAUGAGUACAAAGCAGUUAACUUGGUGAAGGGAGAGCAAUUCAGCCCCGAGUUUACAGAGCUCAAUCCUAUUGGUUAUGUCCCCGUGCUUGUCGAUGGGGACUUGGUGCUUUCCGACUCUUUUGCCAUCUUACUGUAUUUAGAAGAAAAGUACCCCCACCACCAUCCAUUGUUGCCUCAGGAUCUUCACAAAAAAGCCAUCAAUUUCCAGGCUGCCAAUAUUAUUUCCUCAAGCGUACAGCCUCUCCAAAAUCUAGCUACACUGAAGUGCAUUGAGGAAAAAAUUAGUUCUGAUCCUGAUGUGAAACUUGCUUGGGCUCAACAUUAUACCAAAAAAGGCUUUGUAGCACUCGAGAGGCUUUUAAAAGACUAUGCUGGAAGAUUUGCUACUGGAGAUGAAGUUUACCUGGCAGAUUUGUUUCUAGCUCCUCAGAUUCAUGCAGCAAUUAAAAGGUUCAAUGUUGACAUGACUCAGUUCCCUCUCUUAUCCAGAUUGAAUGAGGCAUACAAUGAGAUACCGGCUUUCCAAGAUGCUAUGCCAGAAAAGCAGCCAGAUUCUCCUCUGGCAAGUGCUAGUUAAACCAAUGGGUUGAAAAGCAUAAAGUGCCACUGCUAGAUGAUCAAGCUUCGAGAUAGAGGCAUAUUUGUAUAAAGAUAAAGGUGCUGUGAUGAAGGUUGUCACCUCAUGGAACGUAGUGGAAUAAUGUGAAUAAUAAUAGAUGUUGAGCUGAUACAUACAAUAAAUGGUUUGGUUACCUGUUUGAAGUUCCUUGAAGUUCAGUUUGCUUUUGUAUCCACUAAAAUUAUAGUUUUGUUUACCUGUGUGUUUUCUUCCUAUUGUAUACCAAUAAAAUAUCAUAUUUCUAGCAGAAAAAA